GAUCGUUGAUUCCAGCUUUCAUUGCUUCCAUGGCGGCCUUAGGUAUCAAAACCGCUAGAAGAGCUUCUGGAGACGAACCUGCUGGUGUCUGGUCCACCCGCUACGCAGUGAAACCGCUAAACCGUUCUCAUGCAUUCUAUGGAGAAAAGAUUGUUGUGUCUGGAAAAACAAGCCAAAUCUUCAUGUUUUCACUGGAGCCGAAGUCACAAGAAUACAUCUGAAGAAAGACUUAACAUGCCAAGAGGUCAUAGCGAAUGGCGUGGAGUAUGUCAGCCAUGGUACAACAUCUGCGAUAUGUCAAUCCUGGCGGGAAAGUUAUUCUAGCUGCAGGAACGUUUCAAACUCCUAAACUGUUGGAGUUGUCGGGUAUCGGAAAUACAACUCUUCUAGAGAAAUAUGGCUUUAUUUCUGAAGUCGAUCUCCUGGGCGUAGGCGAGAACCUGCAGGAUCAUUUACCAUUCAAGGCGGGUCUCGGUCAAUCAAUUGAAGAUCUAGCUCGCAAUAUGACUUUUGUGGCGGAACAGACGACGCUCUACCUUCACAAUUCGGACAGUUCGCAGUUCAGCGAGCUUUCCUUGACGAUCCCACUCUGCCAGACGUCGAAUUGGUGCUGUUGCCUGGUAUUGUUGACUCUCGCAUCACUCCCAGCCCCAGUUCAUCGCACAUUGUCAAUAGCCGCCGUCUCCAUGCAUCCCUUCUCGAGAGGUAAUGUACAUAUCAACGCAUCUGACCCAACGAAACUAGCGCGUCUUGAUCCAAACCACUUGGGGAAUGAUUUUGUUCCUAGAAGUUUCGGUACUGGUCGAAGCCAUCAAGUUCAUCGAACGACUUUCAAGAACUCCACCAUUGUCAAACCUUACUCGAGUAUAACCAAGCAGCUUCUUCCUAUCCCCGAUUCUUCUGACAUCCAACUCGCCAAUUUCAUUCGGAGCAGCGUGUUCAGUUCCUGGCACCCAGUUGGUCCAACCGCUGCAUUGCCUUGGGAUCAAGGAGGGGUUUUGAGCUCUAACCUCAAGGGCUAUGGCACCAGAAACGUCUACGUCGCAGAUGCUAGCAUCAUCCCUCUUCCACUGGGGUUCCCAGUUCCGAUCGCCACCCUACGACUCAAUCAAUUUAACUAGGCAUCUGAGAUCCUCUCCUAAUAGCAGGCUUUCUUUUUUUCAAUGAAAUCAUGGUAGUGUG